UGCUCUAUCUUGCCUUUCUUAAGUCUUGAUCCAGGAGCUGGGCACCAGGAUAACCUUGACCUCAUCUUUCAGCCUGGUCAUCCCUCUUCAAACUCAAUUAGCCCUGGAGUUUCAGGGAAGCAUCCAGAUUUAAACAAUGGGAGUGCACCCCUGCUAGUGAGUGCACAGCUGUUCAUGUCCAAUGUAUUUAAUGUAUUAAGACGGCUCUGGGUAGACUGGAAGGACCAGUGCCUGCAGGCCAGGAUAGACCAAGAUGGUCACGUGGAGGUUAACCUGGCCCACAGUAUGGAGACCAACUGUGACUUUGAGCAAAUCUACUUUUCCAGGGACCAGAGCAACUGCAGCUUCAAAAAGCCACCAGAAGUCUGCAUCAUCCCUGGCUCCAAAAUUGUGAGUAUUGAGAGGGAAUAUGUAGUUUGUGCUUUGAAAACCCAUGUCCAACCCCAGCAUCUGGUGCCCUGCUUCCAGUGGCUGCUACCCCUACAGGUCACUGAGCUCAUUGCCUACAAAGUGACACUGCACACUGCCCUCAUUGUCCACUCCUCCCUGGUACAGUUCCUGCCCAGCUCUCUUCUUAUUUACUUUUUCAUAGUCUUGCUACUGCUACUCUUCUUCAGCACCAGGGAGACCAUGCUGUUGGCUGGGUUGCUAGACCAAGACAGCCUUAGGGACAAGAGCAGCUCAAGCCCAGUCCCAAGAGGGGAAUGGAGAGAUAAGGGGAACCCAGGGCCCAAUCCCGAAGGUGGGCAGGAGCCAAAGCCCCUUCUGGGGGUUAGGGGUGAUGAGGACAGAAGUAUCGGAGCAGAUCUGUAGAGCACAGCUGAAAAGCUACAC